UCCGACAUGUGUCGUCUAGAUUGGACGAGAGAGCCGGGAGGAAGGUUUUGAGGAGGUUUUAGAUGAUGCUCUGCAAUGGUUUUUUGCUGAUCUGACUGACUGAACCCUCCGGACCAUAACCAGCGGUUUUCAGCGGGGUUGUCGGGAAGGUUCUCUCUGGAGAAGAAGGUUCUGUGGAGAUCAAAUAUAUCUUCUGUUCUAGGUUUUCAUUCUUCGUCCACGCAUGAAGCUCCUGCUGAGUAAGAUUUUGACCGCCCAUGGCAGGAAUUCUCUCCUGCGGAUCGCGGCGGCAGCUGCUGCCGGUUCUGGCCUGCUCUACGCGAGCUCACAUUCCAAAUGCCCAACGAGGUUAUCUGUCUCAAUUCAUUUGCCAUUGACCAAUCAAGUUAAAUUGCCGUGCCCAGCAUUUCCUUCAUCAGAUCACGGGCUCACUGGAACACUACCAUGGUUUUCUUUUAGAAGUAGUCCAUUCCCGUCUGAUGAUGUAAAUAACGCCAUUUCCCCUGACACUGGAGCAAGUGCAAAACCAUGUUCUGGUGGGUGUCUGGGCAGAGACACCAUUGCCAACGCAGCAGCGAGGGUUGGUCCUGCAGUCGUUAAUCUAUCUGUUCCUCAAGGUUUCUUUGGGAUACCCGUUGGAAAGAAUAUAGGUUCUGGGACUAUCAUUGACAAAGACGGUACCAUCUUAACUUGUGCCCAUGUUGUCGUUGAUUUCCAAGGCCCUAGAUCUCCAUCUACAGGGAAGGUUGCUGUAACUUUACAAGAUGGCCGAAUGUUUGAGGGUACAGUCACCAAUGCUGAUAUUCAUUCUGAUAUUGCCAUCGUGAAGAUCAAUUCUAAGGCUCCACUUCCUACUGCAAAACUUGGCUCAUCGAGUAGGCUUCGUCCUGGAGAUUGGGUCUUAUCAGUGGGAUGUCCGCUUUCCCUGCAGAAUACUGUGACAGCUGGUAUUGUGAGCUGUGUUGACCGCAAAAGUAGUGAUUUGGGUCUAGGAGGACUCAGGAGAGAAUAUCUACAGACAGAUUGUGCAAUCAAUGCAGGAAAUUCUGGGGGACCUCUUGUAAAUAUCGAUGGAGAAGUUGUUGGGGUUAAUAUUAUGAAAGCAUUAGGUGCAGAUGGAGUGAGUUUUUCUGUACCAAUUGAUUCAGUUACCAAAAUUAUUGCGCAAUUCCGGAAAAGUGGGAGAGUUGUACGGCCUUGGUUGGGAUUAAAAAUGGUAGACCUCAACGAGAUGGUAAUUGCUCAGCUUAAAGAAAGAGACCCGACAUUUCCCAAUGUCGGCAAAGGCGUUCUUGUAGUGACGGUAACUCCAGGCUCCCCCGCUGAUCGUGCAGGCAUCCUACCCGGCGAUGUAGUUGUUGAGUUUGACGGUAAACCUGUUGAAAGUAUCUCUGAGAUAAUCGAGAUCAUGGGAGACCAUAUCGGGGUACCGAUGAUGGUGGUUGUUAAGAGAGCAAAGGACCGUGUGGUUACUUUAACUGCAACUCCGGACGAGUCCUGCCCCGAUAUUUGAAGGAAUUCUUCGACUAAUAGGUUGCCUUUCUGAGAAAGUAAACAAUCAAGUGUGUUGGGGCGAACAGAAGUGAAUAAUGAACAUGUUCUUUCUUUCAGCUGGUUGCCAGAAGUUUGACAUUGUUAGCCGAAGUGACCCUGCAACGAAGGUCAGCAUCGAGAUUCAUUUGUCACAUAUAUAAUCCUGCCGCAAUGUUUGCACCUUUUGUUUUCUAGAAAAGAGGUCGGGCAGUCACCGGUCGAGCACAAAUUUCUCAAAACUACUCGUGAUGUUUCCGCUUCCAGAGCCAUCUCAGAUGGGAGGCAAAACCUGUUUGCUUAGCCCUUGCCCAUUGCUGCAACCAGUUUACCGUCACCAUUGCAGUUCGGCGAUUCUUGCCUGCGUAUAUUUCGGGCAAGCUGCAUCAAAGUUUAACCGAAGGCAUGCGUGCUCCAAACUUUUAUCGUGUCUACGGGAGAUAUACUAAGAUAACUCCUGGAAAAUAUUGACGUUAUACAUUUCUCGAAAUCUUUGCUUCCACAAUAUACAUUGAUGCAAACACAGGUGAAAUGAAAAUUACAGAGCUUUUGAUA